UGUACCUAUCUAGCUAGCAAGGCACAACUAACAGGAUGACAGCGAUGGACUUCAGUGUGCCCGACGUACUGCAUGUUCUGCACGCGUUCAUAUGCAGUUGGUGCUGACACCUCGCAGGUACUCUGUCACAAUAGAGAGAGAGAGCGACGAGAUUUGGGCAGACAUGAUUGAAGGGCCAGGCCGAUUAAGAGGUCGAGUCCAGCUUGAGGGACAAAUAUGGACAGAAUCUCUUACGAAAACAUUGUGAGCACCUGGACUUCCAAGUCCUCCUGGAGCCUACGAUGGAACUCGAACGGUCUCUCCUUGUCGAGAAGGUGAACGCGGCCUGGUCGCCAGAGAACUUCUUCAGGGUCUGGACGUACAUGCACGGACGUGUGGACUAUAACAAGUCCCACCCUUUAGGACAGUACUAUUCUACCCUUUCCACAUCCUCACAUGCGGGAAGGGAACUGGUAGGGUAUUCUACCCGUAUCAUAUCCUCACAUGGCGGAAGGGAUGGGUCGGCAAAGACGUGACAAACCAUCGAGGACUCGAACUGAGAGGUCCCAACUCGAGAUGAGGCUGGGG